AUGGGUGCACCCAUGCACGGUUUUCCUCAUCCGGAAAGAAAUGCUGAAUUGUUUGAUAGUUGGCAGUCAAUUGUUGGACAUAAAGUAAAGGAGACUGACCCUUUGAAGAUAUAUAAAAAUAAAAAGAUUUGUGACUAUCACUUUACACCAGAGCAAAAAGUAGCAUGCCACCGCUUAAUUUAUAAAGCUGUACCAUCUGUGAAUUUUGAAGGUGUAUUCAUAUCACCAUCUUCCAUAAACAUAGAACACAAUUACUGCCUGCCAAAUAUUGGAAUAAAAGAAAAUUUGUUACAACAAAAUAAUGAAGAUAUAAGUGAGCGUCUUCAUCCAGCCGAAGUUCCUUCUUCAUCUAAAACCGCUUCAGACACUGGUCAUAAAUCAUCGCAGUUCCUGCACAAGGAAAGUAAAUCUGCACAAAAGGAAAUCAGAAGUUUAAAGAACAAGUUGAGGAAGUCAGUGAAACAGGCACGACAUUAUAAAGCAAGACUCGCCACGGUUUCUAACCUGUUACAUGGAUCUGACGAUAUGGCAAGAUUUACAAAAAAUAUGAGCCGAUCAGGCCGCAUUUUUACGGGCAUGCAAUACCGCCAAGCAUCAAAAAAACCAAAAGGAAGAAGAUACAACAUGGAGGAAAAAGUAUUGGCGCUAUCCAUUUUCAAGAAAAGCCCUAAAUGCUAUAAUUUAUUGUAUUAA